AUGGCCACGACGACGACGACGACGGUCUGCGGCGUGCGCGCCCGGCCGCUGGCGCCGCCGCCGGUCCAGGUGCCGCCGCUGCCCACGACCGUGGGCCCGCUCGUGCCGAUGCAGUACGUGCCGCCGCCCGGGGUGCCGCUGGUGACGCCGACGAACGCCGGCGGCGCGCGGGCCAUGCCGCUCCCGCUCAUGGCGCCGCCCGCCGCGCCGCUCUACAUGCUCCCUUUGAAAUCGAUCCCGGGCCAGCCCUGGUACGCGCCGCUCCAGCAGAUGUACGGGCCGGGCUGGACGCCGACGGCGCCCGCGGGCUCGACGACGACCUGGUUGUUUGACGAAGACGGCGACGCCUACCCGGCGGGCGGCCAGCCCCUGCCGCGGGAGGAGAAGCUGCGGCGGCGGCCGCCGUCGCCGCAGGAGCUGCCCCCGGUGCCGACGUCGCCGCGCGCGACGUCGCCGCGCAAGCGCCCGCGCGAGGCCGUGGUACAUGACGACAUGCGCCGCCCCGCGGAGAUCGCCGCGGCGGCGGCCGCCAGCGGCGCGCGGCCCCUGACGACGGCGCAGGCGCUCGCGCAGAAGCUCAUGGCGCCGCCGUCGAAGCAGCCCCGCGGGCAGCAACCCCGCGGCCAGGCCCGCCGCUGGACGGACGAGGAGCACGAGGAGUUCCUCGCCGCCGUCGGCCGCUUCGGCAAGCGGUGGAAGACCGUCGCCGAGCACGUCCCCUCCAAGACGGCGGCCCAGGUGCGGACCCACGCGACCAAGUACUUCUCGAAGCUCAAGGAACGCCAGGACCUGAGCGACCCGGCCGCGAUGCUCCUCCAGCUCGCGGCCGCGUCGCCCGCCAAGUGCGCCGCCUGA